GCUAUUCUUGGGCUAGUUUUGGGAGGGGAAAUAGUGAAAAGGGCUAAAAUUUGGGCUGGAAACUUGGGCUGGCGCUGCGUGUUCCGGUGGGAGGCAGUCAGUUGGUGUCUUGCUGUGGCUCCGUGAGGUGGUGCUGCUCGCGGCUCCUGUCCGUCUCUCUCUUGUCACCGCCGCCACCACCACCACCUCCUCUUUCUCCUCCUCCUCCUCCUCCUUGCUGCCUCCGCCACUUCCCCGCCCAAACUUGUGGCUGUUACCUAUUAGUGCUCCUCUUCCUCUUCCUCCUUCUUCCUCUCUUCCUUCUCCUCCUCCUUGUCAUCUUCCUUAACUUUCUCUUGUCUUUCUCUUCUGUUUUUUCUUUAUUCACUCCUCUUAUAAUUUUUAUUCCUCCUCCUCCUCUUCCUCUUUCCCUCCUCCUCCUCCUCCUCCUCCUUGUCAUCUUUCCUAACUUUCGUUCAUCUUCUUUUUUACUUUCUCUCUUAUUCCUCUUCUUAUUUCUUCCUUUUCUCCUCCUCCUCUUCCUCCUCCUCUCCUCCUCCUCCUCUUCCUUGGUGUUCGUGUGACAAUUUCUCAAAACAAAAAAAGAAGGAACAAUAAAAUAAAUAAAGACAUAAUAACAAAAUAUCACUGAAGAGAGAAAUAAAAGAGAAAGAAAAAAAAGCAAAAAUAAAAGAAGGGGGAACAGAUAAAUGGGGGGGGCGGUGCUCCCUAAAUCAACAUUAUAAUUAAGUGUCAUUGUUGUUAUUAUUGCUGUUUGUUGCUGUUGUUGUUGUUGUUGUUGUUGUCUGCGAAAGAGAGAAAUAGGGAAAAGAGAAAUAAAGAAAGGAAAGGCGAUGAUUUAUGCCAAAGAUUUACGGCGAACGGAAUAAAGGGAAAUGAGAAAUAACUGAUAAAUGAGUAAUAAGAGAGAGAUAACUGAUAACAACGAAAUAAAUCAGGAAAAUAAACAACGAGAGGAGAAUUGAAGAUUGACAAAAAAAAAAGACAAAAAGAGAAGAUUGAAAUGAAGACAAGGAAAUAGAUACACAAAGAUAAACAAGAAGAGAAGGGAAGAAAAGAGAAGAAAAAAGAAAAGAAAAGAAGAAAAGAUUGAUAAAGAUAAAGAAAAAUAAUAAAGAAGAAAAUAUUGAACGAAGACAAAAUGUAAAUAAAGAAGGAAAACAAGAAAAUAGAAAAGAAAAAUAAAGAAGAGGAAUAAUUAAGAGGAAGGCUGAUAAAUAAGAAAAUAAAGGAAAGAGUUAAUUUGUUUCCUGCAGUUCCUCUUCUUCCUCUUCUUCCUCUUCCUUCUCCUCUUCACUCCCAGAAUGCUGGGAGGUACUGGGAUGCUGGUGGUGGUGGUGGUGGUGGCGGUGGUGGUAUCAGACGUAGCAAAAGGAGAAACACUACCCACUCUUACUCUCCAACCUCCCCACAUGUUUACCCUCGCCGCCCCAAACACAUCCCCUCUCCCCGCCACCCGCGCCUACUCCACUGGGGAGGAGGGUGAAGGGGUGGAUGCGGAGGAGAGGGAGAAAGAGGAAGAGGAGAAAUCACGGCCAAGAUUCACCUCUAAAAACGGUACAGUUAGCGUGUACCUCGGGGAACGUGCCUCCCUUGACUGUACCGUGACCAAGCCUGCCAACCUGUCCGUGUCAUGGCUGCGCUUAGUGGAUGACCUUCUAGAACUUCUUACCUGGGACUCCAACACCUACGCUAAUGACAACAGGUAUUGGCUAAUGGAGCGGGCGGGGGACGGGUGGCGGCAGUGGCAGUUGAUGAUAAGAGAUGCACAGGUGGAGGACGAAGGGGCAGUACAGGUGUCAGGUUGCUACAGAGCCUCCCAUGGUGCUUAUCAACACGCUGCACGUCAUUGUCCCAGUGGCGCGGGUGGUGGACGAAAGGGGAACCAAAGUGGAGGAGAAGCAUUACAACAGCGGCAGCAUGAUUGAGCUGAAGUGUGUGGUGGAGCAAGUCCCUUUCCCUCACGGCCCUGUCACCUGGAGAAGGGGCGCCACUGUCCUUACCUUCAACACCUCCAGGGGCGGCAUCAGCGUGAAAGGUGACGCCGCUUCAGGAUACAUCAGGUCACGCCUCUACGUAGCAGAUGCCGCGCCCUCAGACUCUGGCGUGUACUCUUGCUGGUACGGAAACAGCACUGGUGACUCUGUGACAGUACACGUGUUGGCAGGAGAGAACUCUGCCGCCAUGCAACACGACGCGCUCCCAGACAGCAGCAGUGAGAAGCCUUCCUCGCAGCCUGCUUCCUCUUCCUCCUCCUCUUCCUCUUCCUCCUCCUGCCUGCACUUGACUGGGACCUGCUGGGGCCUCCUGACUUUCCGCCUCGCCCCCCUGCUGACUCUGCUGAUCCUGCUGACCAGAUGAUGGACCCGUGCUCUCCUGCUCUCCAUCCCGCGUAUUUAAUGUGUGUAUGUGUGUAUGUGUGCGUGUAUGUGUGUGUGUACGUAUAUAUUUGUACACAGUCAUUAUGUCAUGUAUGUAGAAUCGUUAACUCUCAAUGUGUGUGUGUGUUUGUUUGUGAUGCAUAUACAUUAUACAUACAUAUUUACAUACAUACAUGCACAUAUAUAGUACACAUAUACAUCCAUACAUACGUACAUACACAUACGUAUACACGCAUAUGUAAAUACUAGUGUAAAUAUUAUUAUGCAUACAUAUAUAUACAUACAUACAUACAUACGUCUCCAUGUCUCUUUAUGCAUUAUUCACUCUAAUACAUACAUUUGUUCAUAUGUAUAUUUGUGCUUCUUUUUUGUAUUCAGUGUGUGUGUGUGUGUGUGUGUGUGUGUGUGUGUGUGUGUGUGUGUGUGUGUGUGUGUGUGUGUGUGUGUGUGUGUGUGUGUGUGUGUGUGUGUGUGUGUGUGUGUGUGUGUGUGUGUGUGUGUGUGUGUGUGUGUGUGUGUGUGUGUGUGUGUGUGUGUGUGUGUGUGUGUGUGUGGGUGUGAGAGACAAGCAAUGCAUUGAAAACUAAAAGAGUGACAGUCUGAAAAUAGGAAGGAAUUCAAAGAGAGAGAGAAAAAAAAGGAAAGAAAAUAAAAGAAGUGAGAGAGAAAACUCGAAAUGCAGUAUCUGACAAAUAUCCAAACGAAGCAAAAGAAAAACAAACAAACAAACAAACAAACAUAAACAAGCAAAAAAAUAUAUAUUGGUGUUAUAAUUUCUAGACACUGCACGUAGCAUACAAAAAAAUUUAAAAAUGUACAGAAAAAAAAUAUAUAAAGUGUUCAUUUACGAAGGAAAAAGAAAAAGAAAUAGAAAAAAUAAAACCAACACGAAAAAAACAAGAACGAAAUUAUAAAACACAUAAACACGACCAGAAAUAUUGGGAAAAUGAAGGUAAAAAGAGAGACGGAAAGAAAAAAAAAGGGAGAAAUGUUGAAAUUGAAAGGAAAUGAAAGCACAAGAGGGAAAAAGGGAAACAUGACACGUCUGAAAAGUGGAAAUGGAAAAGUAAUCUGUCAGCUUUCAAAGGAGACUGACUGAGAGUAAUAAGUUUAGAUGCACUUUUGACAUAAUCCAUAUUCUCUCUCUCUCUCUCUCUCUCUCUCUCUCUCUCUCUCUCUCUCUCUCUCUCUCUCUCUCUCUCUCUCUCUCUCUCUCUCUCUCUCUCUCAUAUCUUGUUGGUGUUCAUGUUGUAAAUGUAUAUGAAAAAAAAAUAUCCGAGUUUAAUGGAAUAAAUUAUGUUUUCUUUAA